AUGUCAGAAAGUUAUCUACCUUCAGAUUUUGAAGGAUUUGAUGAAUCUACAAAAAGAAAUCUUGCAAAUGUUGGGAACUUUAUUUCAAAAGUCUCGGAAAUGUCACUGGAAAUUCAUUUACUUCUUGCAUGCAUUGGAGCGGUAGUCAAUGUUUUUCAUUUACUAAUUCUAACCAGGAAGUCAAUGUCAAACAAUAGUAUAAAUCUCAUGAUGAUUGGGAUAUCUGUUUGUGAUAUAUUUAUAAUGAGCUUCUGUGUGUAUGAUAUUCUGGAUACAUUGUUGCAAAAAUAUGAUGAAUGCGCUCCACCGCAAAGCUACUUCUCAAAAAUUUUCGACUUUUGGGCAUCAGCUCUCGAAGAUCACUCUCGCAGAUUAUCUGCCUGGUACGGCGUGAUGAUGGCAUUGAUGAGGUUUCUUAUCGUUAAAUUCGCAUUGAACCCAAAAUAUGAUGCUUUGUCGAAACCGUUAUUUUCAUACCUAUCUAUGUUUAUCGCAUUUCUUGUGAGCACUGGAAUGACAUUAUUCUUUUGGGGAAGAUAUGAAUUCACUGCGAAAGAAGUUUGGACGCCUCCGAAAGAAUGUACUCAAUAUCCCUUGGGCUUUACAUUACCUCUGUACAAGUCCUCUUUGGACGACAUAUAUUUGAUUGAUGCUUCCGUUGCACUAAUUGUGUUUAGCAUCAUUGAUGGAUUAUUGAAGAUAAUUCCUGCGCUCAUGUUCCCGGUCAUUACUUUUCUAUUGAUCAAAGAACUAAGGACAGCUGAAUCGAUUAGACGAAAAACUUCACAAGGAAGUUUUAAGAAAGACAGUGCAGCUUCUGAGCAAACUACAAAACUUGUGAUUCUUAUGGCAAUAACAUUUAUUGCCGCCGAGCUUCCAAUUGGAGCGAUCUAUGUCGCACAGGGCGUUUUGAUAAACCAGCCUGUAAUUGUUGAGAUUACAUACGAGCUUGUGGAUGUAUUGGGAAUAUUUGUAGCGAUCAAUGCAACUACCCAUUGUUUGAUCUGCCUUGGUGUAUCAUCACAGUAUCGACGAACUGUGAAAGCGCUUUUCAAGUUUUGCAUCAAAACUACUAAACCCCUAGCUACAGGAACAGCUCUCCAAAAAACCAGUGUGACCAGUGCAAGACAGGCAGUUGUCGAGUAA